UUCCUCCUGCUAAGCUUAGGUUCUCUGUCUUUCUCUUUACGUGUUCUCAUCUGUCUUACAAAUACACAUUUCUUUCCAUCUCUCUCCCUCUUUCACUUAACAGUGUGAAAAUCGCAUUUUUCUUUCCUUUCCUUUCCUCAAAGCCACAUUCUUCUUGUGCUAUCUCCCUUUUUAUCUUUCUUCAUAGUCUCGUUCUUAGAAAAUUGAAAAGGAUGGACUAUAGGCUCCGCCCCCAGUCAUGACGUCAGAGACUAUUUUCUUACCUUUUUACCUUCGAGUUUCAGUUAUUUUCUCUCAGUCAGUCAAAAGGAGAGAAGCACGAGAGAUAAAGACAUAUCAGAGUGAGAAUUUGGGAAUGAUUUAGGAAAAGGAGAAAAGAAGAGAAAACAAAAUCAGGAAAAAUAAAUAGAAUAACAGAAGUGAACAAGUGAGACAUUUAGAAAAACUCUCCCGCCGAAGAGAUUACAUUUCUAAAGUAAGAAAAGACAGCAAGGAGAAGCUGCAAUGGAGGAGACCAUCAGCAGAGGGAGCCAGCACGAGGAGCCAAGGGAAACCAACGGCCAAGUGGGCGACAGCGGCAGCAGUGAGACCGACGCCGGGGGACUUGGCCAGACGAGUGUGGGUGGCAUGCCUCAAGGCUUUGCGCGAAUGUCAGUAGACCGUAAUGCGGUGUGCUACAACAUGAGCCACAAGCAGCGUGGCCACUGCGUCAUCUUCAACCACCGCCACUUCGACCAGCACACAGGCCUUGGGGAGAGGAAUGGCACAGACCGUGACCGUGACCAGGCAAAGGCACUCUUUACAAACUUGGGGUUUCAAGUGACUGUCUACAACAACCUCACUGUGGAAGAGGUCAAGGUGAAACUCAAGGCCCUCGCUCUCGAAGACCACUCGGAAUGCGAUGCGCUGGCCGUGGUGUUCAUGUCGCACGGGGAGAAGGAUGUUCUCUGGGGCCGUGAUGGCACGUUUAACUCCGAUUACCUGUUUGGAAAUUUCAAAGCUAACCGGUGCCCUACCCUCGCUGGCAAGCCGAAGCUCUUCUUCAUCCAGGCUUGCCGUGGUACGACAUUGGACGCGGGCACGAUCCUCCAGCAGGACGAGACUGACUCCUGCUCCCAGUCCUGUUAUAAGAUCCCCAACUCGGCCGACUUCCUGGAGUGCUGGUCCACCAUACCUGGUCACUUCUCUUGGCGUAACCCCGCCAAUGGCUCGUGGUUCAUUCAGUCGCUGGUGAAAGUGUUGAACCAAUACAGUGAGCGCGAGGACUUACUCUCCAUGAUGACCAGCGUGAACCGUAACUUGAUGCUGAACUUCGAGUCCUAUUGCCCAGCUGAACGAUACAUGCAUGGGAAAAAGCAAGCUGCCUACAUUGUCUCAACCCUGAUGCGAAAGGUGUACUUUACGAAAAAAGUAUCGACUGGUCCCCGAGCAUAGGGAAGGAGGAGGCAGGUCUGAGCCCAUGGACGUGAUAGAAGAGGCCCCAGUAGCCAGAGCUGAAGAGGUGCAGGAACAAGAGCUUGGGAGGUGCACUUGCGGCCCCCAAUACCAGGGGAGGAGCCUAUGAUUGCUCAUUCGCAUGUGCCUAAGAAACUUUUCUUUUAUUACAUCCACUAUAUCGUUUUAAGAUUUUUCAAUUCCUUUCUAUUGCUAAACUGUAGACGAGCAAGUCUUUUUAAGUAUAAAUCCUGGGACCUUAACAGGGGGAGAAGAUACCGCCCUCUACUACUAAGAAUAUAGCCUUGACCUUUUCUGACGUGAUAUUUGCCUCGGUUGUGCAUGCUUGCUCGGUGGGGUUGUUCAUAAAAGUCCCGAAAGGUCAGGUCAAGUCAGAGAGAAUCGUGUGACCCAGCAUUGGAGUAGAGAGACGGUUCUUCAUUUUUACUUUUUAUUUUUGUGUAUUUUAUUUCUUAAUAAAGCCACGUGAUCAUCA